GGAGGGAUACACUGUCGGAGCUGACAAUGUGGACGGUGCUAAAAUGUCUCCUCGGAAGAUGAGAUGUUACAUUUGUAGCGCUCGGAAGAAUUAGAAUAGAACUCUAGGCAGAGUUACAUUUGAGCGCGGUUACAUUGUAACAACUCUCGACGCGGAUUGUUCGUGUUUCCCGGGAGACUGGACGCGUUUCGCACCGUGAAUUAGCGGGACCUGAGACGCGGAGGGGUUGGGGGGGGGGAUUUUGUCCCCCAACUUUUCUGUUUUUCCUCUCGGGCUGAAGCGCGUUUCUCUCCCGCUGGAUGCCGCGCGCGUGACGCGAGGAACGGAUCAUAAACCUGUUUGAGCUGAAAGAGAGAGAGAAGCAGAUCAGGACCAGGAUGGCGACAGCGGGGACCGACAUGGAGCUGAACGACCUGCUGGACUUCAGUGUUAUGUUUCCUCAUCCGGUGUCGAACGGGAGAAACCGAGGCCCUACUGUUCCCAGCAGUCAGUAUGGUUUAGAUGAAAGAAGUGCCUCUGGUUCUUGGGCUUCAGGAGAAGCGAACGGUCCUGCGUUCACCGCACGGCUGUAUGGAGACGGUCCUCAGAGUCACUACCCUGAACACGACAGCAUGUACAACUUAGAGAUUGACGGGAAAUCUGAACGAGGGUACCCCGUUACUCAGCCGCAGCUCUUGCCCGCUGAUAUCAGCGACGGUCUCUCUCCUCCGGGAAUGAAAGUCUCUUCUCAGUUCUACAGUCUUCAUCGCCGGAGGGGCGCAGACUCCAGUUUAGAUCCACUGCCCAAGAAGAUCCGGAAGGUUCCUUCUGGCCUGCCGUCGUCGGUGUCUUCGGUUUAUCCCGGUUCCACCGGCGAGGACUAUAACCCUGACGGCUCCGGAUACCCCGGAUCCAAAGCUGCAAACCUUUAUCCAGGCUCUUUCUGGCCAGAUGGGCUUCCGGAUCACUGGGGACAGUCUGGUUAUCCUCCGGUCAUGAGUAACUCUCCUCACAUCGCUCAGCCGGCUCCGUUCCCCUCCAUAAACACACAGAAGCGUCAGCCUUUGCCCCUGUCGCCGCAGAACUACCCUCUGCACGGGAGCGAGGUCAACUUACCCACCAGCUUCCACCCGGCCUCGGCUGGAUACGGCGUUCCCAACCACACGCCGCCCCUCAGCGGCUCCGACAGCAUCAUGGUCAGCAGAGCUGGAAACACGGGCAGCUCUGGCGCCGAGAUCGGGAAAGCGCUCGCUUCGAUCUAUCCCUCUGAUAAUAACAGCAGCAGUUACUCUCCGAGUCCCUCCACUCCUGUGGGCUCUCCUUCGAAUGUUGCUGCUUCUGCGUCUCAGUGGCCCAAAGGCUCGUCUCAGCCCGCGUCGUCUCCGGGGUUCGAGCCCGGACUGCAGGCGCUGAGUAAGAUGGAUGACCGUCUGGGUGAAGCGCUGCAAGUGUUGAGUCAUUAUGCGGUGGGUGCAGACAUGCAGAGUUUACUGAGCGCAGCGGGACAUUCGGCCGGAGCAGCGGCCCUGGGCUCCAUCAGUCAGGCCUUCGGGCUCUCCAGCCGUCUGCCAGGACUGAUGUCAAAUCACAGUGAUGAUGCCGCAGGUUUACCACAGUCCAGUGCUCCGCUGCAGGGACACCACGCCCCCCAUCAGGCCCCGCCCACUUCCCAGUCCGACACCUUUACCAGUCUUUCUAUGCCUCACUCCUCUCACUCAUCUAGCUCGGAUAUAAAGCGGGAAGAUAAGGAAGACGAUGAGAACCUGUCUAUUGCAGAUAAAUCAGAGGAUGAGAAGAAAGAUGGGAAAAGCCGCACACGAUCGAGUCAAGAUGAUGAAGAAGAUGAUGAGGACUUGCCGAUUGAGGUGAAAGCGGAGCGGGAGAAAGAGCGGCGCGUGGCCAAUAACGCCCGUGAGCGUUUGCGCGUUCGCGACAUCAACGAGGCCUUCAAAGAGUUGGGCCGCAUGUGCCAGCUGCACAUGAACAAUGAGAAACCUCAGACCAAACUGCUCGUCCUUCACCAGGCCGUAAAUGUUAUUCUCAACCUGGAGCAGCAAGUGCGAGAGCGUAAUCUGAACCCGAAGGCAGCGUGUCUGAAGAGGAGAGAGGAGGAGAAGGUGUCUGGAGACUGUCUGGGAGGAGACGGACACGGACACAUCUAACGCUCAGAUCCUGUCAUGAGGAAGCUCUCCGUCGACGUGGCCUUAUCUUCCCGUUCUUAGUCCACACACACACACACUCAGUAACUCCCCGAGCCGCUCGUUGUGCUCGUGAUCAUGGACCAUCGGUGGAAAGCAGCGUCUGCGGUGUUUGAUGCUGUGCUGUAGAUUUACAGUGUGCUGUUAUAUAGCACACACUCCGCUGCGGGAACAGAUUCCUUCUUUGUUUUUCUAGUUCAUGUACUCCACUUUGACUUUCUUUUGUACCGAUUUGUGUUUAUGAUGUAGAGAGAAAUGUUCAGUUUUGAUACGCAAUGUUCGUGAUUCUGUUCGGGGAUCGCCACUAACGUGUGAAUCCCACAAAACUGCACAUAUUUCACCUCGAACAAACUAAUUAUAUCAAAUUCAUUUUUUAAGCAAAGUGAAGCCUGUUUUAAAUGGAACAUUUUAGAUUUUUACAUUUUUAUGACCUAUAUAUAUAUAUAUAUAUAUAUAUAUAUAUAU